AUGGCGACAUUUCAAAUCGCACUGUCUGCCCGGGCUAGCAACCCUGGCGGAUGUAACAACCUUGCUCUCAACGAAUCAACUGAGUGCCCCAUCGUCGUGAAGCAUGCUGGAAGUCGUGGCUCGGCGGCUGUGCGACCACGGCAUGCGGAGGGCAUAGACGACCAAACGACGAGUAUCAAGGUGCCGCCGCCCCCGGACAGAAAAAACAACUCUACUAGACAGCGGAUCGUACAGAGGAAGACGCACACCACGUUCGUCACUCUCAAUUGCCAGUCUCUGAAGAGCCCCGCUCGAAAGAACCAGCUAUCGCGUUUGCUGAACGACCUCAACGCGCACAUGGCUUGCCUGCAGGAGACUCGGAUCACGGACCCGGACAGCCAGGAGUUCACGUUCACCGUCCCGCCUCGAAACCGAACCAGCAACAGUCAGCCCUCCGGAUACACCAUCUACGCCGGAAGCGCCGACAAUGGCUACGCUGGGUGCGCGGUUGCAGUACGGAACGACAUGGCCGCACUUGUCCACAGCUGGGGAUCACCAUGCAGCCGAAUCGCCUUCGUCCACUUCAAAAACGUUCAGAAGCCCACGUGGAUCAUCAGCGCAUACGCUCCCACUAGAGACGCAGACGACGCCAUAAAGGAAACAUACUACGACGCUCUGAGGGACUUGCUGAACACAGUGCCACGAUCUCACCUGAUCGUCAUCGGGACGGACGCAAAUGCCCAGUUCGGCGCGGACGAGUCGAGUCCUGCCCUUGGCCGGUGGUACUACCCGGCCGAGGAAACAAAUGACAACGGCGAACGUCUACUGAUGCUGGCGGAAGAAUACGACCUCUGUCUGGCCAACACGACUCGGCGAACCAGCAGGGGCCAGCGAGUUAGCUGGUGCAGUGGCGCCCGAUUGACUGCAGAAUCGAAGAUCGCAAGGCGCAGCGGUCAGCUGAUGAGCCUCAUCGACUAUGUGCUCAUCUCUUCGCGCUGGGCCCCGAUGGCUGAGAAGGCCGGAUGUGUGCAACGCUCGGUGUUCCCGUCAGACCACCGGCCGGUGACAAUGCGGAUGAAGCUUCGUUACGUCGCCCCUAAGAACGCCCGAUGCAAGCGGUACGACAUGCAGCGACUUAUUACCGACGCGGCCACUGAAGAGCGAUACCAGCGAGAGGUACUGGACCGCCUAUACCCGCCAGCAGAACGACGAGACGUCCUGGUCACAGCUGAGACCUUCACGGCAGCAGUUGUCGGAGCAAGAGAUGAGCAUGUGCCAGAGCUCAGAUCCGAGAAGAGAAAGCCACUCAUUUCGGCGGAGGCUGAGCGACUAGUAACACAAUUGGCAGACUCGAGGCGCCGGAAAGACGAGCAGCAGUCUAUUCGCCUGAAGAGAACCCUGCGGAGGCAACUAAAGCGCGACCGUGAACAACUGUGGCAGAGACGGACAGAAAAAAUCGAGGAUGCAUGGCGAUGUAACAACUCAAAGAAGGUGUACACCCUCCUGCGACGCUACAGCGGCAAACUGAAGGCGGCCUCGGACACGCUGGCCGUAGACGGGAGAUGUGUCGCAGGCGAUCGCUGCCUCGACGCCUGGAAGGACCAUUUUUCGGCGCUCCUUAACCGCCCACCACCGGCCGGAGAACCGUUGGAAGUGGAGCGACUACCGCGGUACGAAGGCGUAGAAGAAAGCCCUCCUACCAGCGAAGAGGUGAAAACUGCCAUAAAACAAAUGCGCAGUGGGAAAGCGGCUGGAGAAGACGGCGUGCAACCCGAACUCUUGAAGGCACUUCCGGACAUGGCAGUAGCAGCGCUUACCUCAGUCUACAAAUCAAUUUGGGACUACGAAACUAUUCCGGACCAGUGGCGGACGGCCGUGGUGAUACCGCUCCACAAGAAAGGAUCCGUCACCAACCCAGCCAACUACCGAGGCAUAUCUUUGCUGGACCUGCAGUACAAGCUCCUGGAGCGGAUCAUCGCAAACCGUAUCGUCCCAGCCCGAGACGCCCGCACACGAGACGAGCAAGCAGGUUUCCGUCCCGGUAGAUCGACCAUCGACCAGGUCUUCGUCUUUCGCAGAGUCAUGGAAACCCACCACCGGUACAACAAGCCUGUCGAAGUCGCGUUUCUCGACUACGCAUGCGCGUUCGACUCACCGGACCGUGAAAGAAUCUAUAAGCUGCUUGAAAGCGACGGCGUCCCGAAUAAGCUCGUACGAAUAAUACGGGAGAUGAACACAGGAUCGGAGGCGGUGGUACGAACGCGCAGCGGGUGCAGCCAGCCGUUCCCCGUAGCUACGGGCGUGAAGCAAGGAAGCGUGCUCGGGCCGCUUCUGUUCAACUACGUCAUUGACGCCAUCAUGCGAGUGUCGUCCGAGGAUUUCAACGGCGGAGUGCAGCUGAUACCGUCAGCGAAAGUGCUGACCGACCUCGACUACGCGGACGACAUCGCCCUGCUGUCAACGUGCCGGGAAGAGCUUCAAACGUUCAUCGACAGGGUUGCCCAAAAUGCUGCACGCUUCGGCCUGAGACUGAAACCUGUCAAGUGCGAACUCCUCAGUGCAUGUCCUGGUGAGGCGAACCCGAUCACGGUUAACGGAGAGGCGAUCAAGAAGGUCAAAAGUUUCUGCUACCUCGGCUCCAUAAUUACGGCAGACGGCAGCGUGAAGGAGGACAUAGCGCAAAGAAUCCGGAAGGCACGCACGGCGUUCACAACCCUCAGCCAGUGCCUCUGGCGCACAAACGUCUCGCAUCGGAUGAAGCUGAGAAUCUACGCAACAGCCAUACGCCCAAUCCUGCUCUACGCCUCGGAAACAUGGCCGCUGACGCAGUGCGAACAGGAACGCCUCAACCGAGCGGAGCGGUCAUUCAUCAGACAGGCUCUCGGGAUCAGGCCGACCGAUAAAGUCUCAAACCGGGAACUCUGGACGAAGGUAGACGCAGCCCUAGAACCAAGUGUACUCAUCGACAUCGGCGCAACAAUCAGGAAGAACCGCCUUAAGAUGCUGGGACACGUGCUCAGACGGGAUGCCGACCGGCUGACAAGAGUCGCCCUCGAGUAUACCGGAGGAACGACGUGGAAGCGACGCCCGGGUGGAACUAAGAACAUGUGGACAGACGUGGUGCGCAAAGACCUCGAGUUCGCAAACAUCAGAAGGCAACCACUGUUUCGCAGUACGGACGCUGUUACCGCCUGGAAUCGCGGCGACUGGCUACGAGUCGUCACGAUAAUCGCAGAAGAUCGCGCAACGUGGCAUGAAAUCGUUGAGAACAGUGCGGACGGGAAGCGACCGAGAGGACGCGCUCCAAUGGACCCGUCUUAA